UUUGGGGGGGGGGGGGGUAAUCUCAACCUUUCCCAAUUGAUAUACACAGUCUUGCAAACGAGCCGUGUAGUCAUGAAAAAAAUGGUAAUAUUGCAGGCGACAGUUAAGCAACAGGCGAUAGCAAUGCAAACAGGUGGAUGGGCGCACAUAUCCAUACGCAGAUAAAAAAGCUUUAAUCAGUUAAUCAAUUUUGUACCAAAGUCAAUAAAAUGCGAACAAUGACGUGGGUGUUUCCAGUACACAACCUCCGGUACUCACACCCCAUUACAAAACUUCUUUACAAACUUUAUUUUUAAAAAACUUUGGUUGGCAACCAAUGUGAACAUUGUUGUUGGUGGCUGAUUUUCUCUAUUACAGACUCCACAAAAGUAGAUGCAAAUCAGACAGUGUUUCGACAAGGUUCCGAAAGCUCUUCUCGUUUCUUCCUCUCGGCAAUAUUCGCCUUCUGACAUCACUACCAUUGAAAUGAUGCACGGUCCCUUUAAAUCUACCCAAGAGCCCUUAAAGGAGCCCCAGGGGCCCCAAGCAGGAAUCUACAGCCUGCGGUUGGCAGUACCGACGGAAAAGCUCAUAUCGGGGCUUCAUGGUUUAAGUUACCACGGCUAUUGUCACUACACCACAGACAAAUCGCUCGGGGUCGCAAACACUCGAACGCACAAACAAUAUGGAGCCAAGCGCUGGGCCCGUUCACAACAGCUCACCGAAUAGCUACGGAGACAAAGGCAUAGAGCCACUACUGGUGAGCGCAGUUCCUCCAGUAUACAGGGCCGUACCACCACCCCCAUACACAGUAAAGGCGCCACCACCCCCUUACGCAGCACCGAGCCCAUCACCAGUACCUCUACAUCCGCCUCUCCAACUGCGUCCUAUGCCUACGCCACCAAACAAGGAGACAAUAUCCAUGCCUGUGCCACCGCAGUUAUACAUCAAAGUAGAAAAAGAAUCUGAUUCGGAAGGUGAUGAAACUCAUUGCAACAAUGGCAGUUUCAGUUCACCAAGCAGUGUACUGAAAAACAACUCCUUCUAUGAACAUCAGCUUGGCAUCAAUGAUCCCUACUGGUGUUUUAAUAAAAAUGGAUCUUCUGAUGUCAAAGAGAUUGUUUUUUUACCAACAGGACCAGGGAAAAAAUAUACAGAUCACUGCUCUGAGCAUGCCUCACGGCCUGGGAAUAGCAGAAUACCAGGACGAGACCACCGGCGUUACUACCAUGAGCACUGGCGAACAGAAUACCUGAUGGACUUUGACCACAAGCAGCACAGAAUGAUUUGUAUGGUAUGUGGUAGUUCUUUAGCAACCUUGAAGCUGAGUACCAUAAAGCGGCACAUAAGACAGAAACACCCAGAUUCUCUACUGUGGAGCAUGACUGAGAGAGAGGUAAUCAUGACCAGCUGGGAGGCGCACUUGUCUGUAGAGGCUCAAUCUGGCUGCAGUGCAGUUGGAACAUCAGAAGCAACGGAUGCUACUCAGAUUUCUAGAAUGAGUGGAAGCAGAGAGAAAGAAGAGGGAUCUAUCCAGGCACGGUGUACGCAUAUAGCGUCAGCUGGAUACAGGAAGAGGAGAAGAUUGGAACCUGUUAGUGUGCCAAAAAUCACUUCUAAGAUCCGUGAAUUAAACUCCAAACCACUUCAAAACUCUAACAACCUAGAAAAGUACCUGAAUGAAUCUUUGCAAAACUGGUUUAAAGUUGAGUUCUUGAUGGACUAUGAUAGCCAUGGAAACAGACUGGUCUGCAUGAUUUGUGGAAGUAGUCUUUCAACCUUAAGCCUCGAGGAUAUUAAGAAGCACAUUCUGCAAGCUCAUCCGAACUCAUUAGCAUUCUCUUCUGAAGAGAAACAAUGUAUCACAAUGUUGUGGAAUCAGAAGACAUCACUUCAGACAGUGGAUAGUCUGCAGCCUGUGAAGGAAAAUCAGGGGGGAUCUGUUGAACCAAAAUCUGUAGGAUGUGGUAGUUCCUUAAACCUGCCGGAGCUCAGUAUACCAGACCAAAGUACAGCAACAAGGACAUUGCUAGCUGUUCCAGAUGCACUAAAAGCUGAGUGGAAGGCAGAAAAGCACGAACAAGUUGAAACUACCAUUAGCACUACAAGUAGUUGUGCUCCUGAACUAACUUCAAGACUUGAAAUGUUCAAGAUGGAGAGAAAUCUUGAUGAGGAAGGCUCAGCUAUAUGGAGUGGCAGUUCCAGUAAACUCAGCCCAGUUGAUAAAAGCCAAAGUGUGAGCAUGGAUGUAUCGCUCGUUAUUCCAGAAUCAACAAAAGCUGAGUGGAAAUCAGAAAAGGCAGAUGUGACUGAAAAUUCUGUAAGCAACAGUAAUAGCUGCUUACCUGAAACUCCAGCAAGACCGGAAGUUCCAAAAAUAGACAGAAAUCCUGGAAAAGGCAGUAUGGGCCACUGCAAUGCAAAUUCCAGUAAAACAAGUCAGCUUGACAAUGAUGAAUCCAGCUUUAGUGAUUCAUCUGUGGAGUCUACUCGGCAAGGAACUUCUCCCUACAAUUCAUCAUUUGAGCAGCCAUCUGCAUUUCAUUUUGAUGGAAAGAGGCCAAGGAGCAGCUUCGCUCGGGAGGACACAAUGGAUGUGUCAGUCAGAGAAUUUCUACAUGUCUAUAACAGGGGAAACAGAAUGCUCUGUGAUAAAAUGGAUAGCAUUGUAUCAGUUUUUAGACAGCUAAAUGACAAUCUGACUCGCCUUAACUGUAAACUGGACAGACUUUACCCUCCAACAUUAUGUGGUGUUCAACAUUCACAUUCAGAAACUCAAACAGACUGAGGCUUGGCAAAAAAAAAAAUUCUAGAACUGCGCAUGUGACUUUUAACAAGCUAUCAUGUUUUGUUGUAACUUUCACUUCCUUUAUUAACUCACACAUACUUAAAUAACAUUAUUUAAACAUUUGAGUACAAACUUCUUAUUUAGAAGGAUCUUUUAAAAAUCUGGAUUUUUUUUAACUAACUGAAAACAGAAAUCUGAGUAUAUUUAGACUACACAUAGAAGUUGUGUAGCUACCUAGAUGGAAUGAGCUCCUUGAAUCCCAGAGUGAAUCAGACAUUCCCAUGGAUUCAGGGAUUAUUUGGCAGCAUCAGACUGCAUUUCAGCAGCUGCUAAGAUGUGGAAUGUUUCUAACAUUUGAGCUGCCUAAUGUAAAGGAGAUCAGAUGAAGGAAUGAAAUGUGUAACUUGAAGAACACUAACAGAAGUUUUUUUUUUUUUUUUUUUUUUUAGUUGUUAGCCCACAUGCUGGCUGCAAAGUCACAAUCUGUUGGCUGUGCCUAUUAGAAUUGAUACAUAACCUUUUAACUGUAUUGUCUGAUCACUGGAAGUUUCCAGAAGUUUCUUUUAGUUAGCUUUAUUACCCAGUUUUCACACAUAUUGCAGGUGUAGGUAGGCUCAUUGUGUAUUAAUCAUUAGUAUUAAUAUACUGAUUUGUCCUUUACAUACAUUUUGAGAGUCACACAAAUCUAAGUUACUGUCACUUUUUUACUUGUGCUUUUUUCAUGUUAAGACAAAAGCAGCCCUUAUUUUUUAAGUUUAAAUCAGAGAGGUCAUGUACAGAGCAGGUCUAUUUGUGACUGUAUUCAAAUUGAUUUGAUUUAUCUGACUCCAUAUUUUUGAACCAAACUUUCAGAAAUAACUCUUUAUAGAAGAAAUGUUCACAGAGAGCAGAAACUAAUUAUUCUGAAUAGCUAAUGUGAUUAGUGGUAGUGUUUUAGUGGAAGCUAGUAGCUGUACUUACCUAUAGAAAGUCUUAAACUCCUCUGGUAAUGGAAAGACAUAAUAUACAACUGUUGCUAGGGAUGUUGAGGCUUCUGGUCAAUUAGCUGCACUUCUUGUAAACACAGCAUGCUGUUCAUGAUAACUACAUAGGUAGAUAGCCAUUGUGGACUUCUCAGGAAUGAUGCACUCUCACAUAGCUCUGGGUGAGCCAGACGUUUAGAAAAGCACCAAGAUCCCUCUGAGUUAGAAGGGCUGCAAUGUAUGUUUUGAGUGUAAUAUUGUAUUUAAAAGCUUUCUAACUGCUGACCAAAGAUUAUUCAGUGAUUACCAUAUCACUGUAUCCUCACCAGCAUACUGGUGGGGCGGUAGCACUUUUGUAUUACCAUAUGAGAGAUCAAGUCUCACACGCAAUCCUGCAAUCAUCGUUUGUCCACAUAUUGCAGUGAGAUAAGUAUCAAUAAGGUGUACACCACCUAGUGAACAAAAAGGUACACAUAAGGGAAGGAGGGAAAUGUUGAAAGAAGAGAGCAGAUACAGCCCUCCCCCUUUAAUAAAAUUUACUUAGCCAUUGUUUUACAAAAAUGUAGCUAGAGAUAUCUCAUAUGAGGACAUAUAAAGUAAAUAGAAUGUUCAUCUACCUGGUGUCAGUAUACUACAGCAGACUUUUCCAUAAUGGUCAUCUGUGAACUACAGGACCACUUCCCAUAAGUACCAUUGUUUGCAACAGUUUUAGGAAAGCUUUCUCCCUCCUCAUCACAUUUGAUUUCAUUGGUAGUUAUACAUACAAAGACGCACAGACACUCAUGACUACCUUACAGUUAAUAUUAUUUUUGUUUGCAUUAAAGCCAUGAUCACUUUUUAUCUGUUACAUUCAAAUGCUUUAUUCUAAGUACGCCUUGGUUGCUCUUCAUAGUUUGAUAUAGUUCAGAUUUCCUCUUGAAAUAAGGAUGGAAAGAACAUCAUGACAAUCAAUGAAAAUGAGAUUUGUGUUUACUGUCUCUUAUUUGAUGUCACUAUCCAAGUAUGCAUGCUUUAUUAUAGGUUUAAUGUAACUACAGGGAAGUAAAUUAAGGUGUUGCUAAAGUUUUUUUUUUUUUUUUGGAAGAGCAAGAUAGCAUCUGACUACUGUCCUUGCAUUAUUCAUAUCCUGAAUUUUAUCAAAGGAGUCUGAAGAAAAAGUAAUACCAUUUUCCUCGCAUUAAAAACAGAACAGUAUUUGACUCUGGACAAAGAAAAGGACUACUUUCUGUAAAUGAGUUAUAUGCUUUUCUUAAAUGAGAAUAGCUUGUUGACCACUGUAAUGUUAUAUGUGGGUGACCUUCUUGGCUUCAUUUGGUUCUAGGUAACUGAACACAGUUGCAUCUUCUGCUUUAGUGGUAAUCUUGCUGACAGUACUAAAAGUAAAUGCUUAACAUAUGGGUCAUUCCUGCACAGAUUCAUAAUAUGAAUCAAAAAUAGCUAAAGGUGGAUAUCAGUCCCCUGACAUAUCUUUUCAGCAAUCUAAUGUCCCCUGAGGGAUGUGCAAAUGUAAUCUUGUGCUUUCACCUUUUGGGGGGAAUCCAGCUAUGUAUUUCCUUGCUUCUCGCUUCUUGUUUGACUCAUGAGAUGAAUGGUCAACCCAUUCUGUUUCACAAAUUCCUCUACAGUUUUAAUGCAUCAGUCUAAGUAAAACUUGCUUCAUUUUAUUAGUA